GGUCGAUUUCUUCCCUGGUGGUGGUGGUGGGUGAAAGCAUGCCUCUGAUUGUUGAUUUACUAGACAGCAAGGAGUUGCUGGAGACUUGCAUUGAUGAAGCAACAGGCCUGCCUGCUAGUUUGACAGCUGGAGUUCCAGAAGAGGCAGAUCUUAGCUUUGUUCCUCCUGGCACAAAGGAGACAGCUGCUGAAAAAACAGAUCCUGCUGCAUUUGAAGACGCGUUGAAACUGAAACAUCUGGAGACAGAACCCAGCCCGAUGUCAGCGCCCUGUUCUAACAUAAACAUCAAUGUUAAUAAACAGGAUGAGGUGGUGAAGUUGACAGAGAAGUGUCUUAAUAAUGCAAUUGAGAGCCCAGUAACAGCAUCACAGCGUCUUCCUGCAAACAUAAAGAGCAACAUCCUGAAGGCCCAGGCAGAGGCAGUGCCCAAGAUCACAAGAGAGGAUAGCAUGUUGGACAACAAGAACUCCAAUAUUCACGAUGCCACUGCCAGUAAUGGAUUAGAAGAGGAUAAUGCCAUCUCUGGCCCUGAAGAAUCACUGAUUCCAGCUAUUCUGGAUCCAGCAGAAGAGAUUGCAGUUUUAAAGAGCCAUCCAGAUGACCUUGAUGUUUUGUUAACAUCACUGACUGAGAAUCUAAUUGAUUUUACAGAAACCAUUCCUCGGGUGUCUUCCCCGCCCACAAUUACACCCAGAUGGAUCGUGCCAAGUGGGCUGGUUUCCAAUGGGCCUUUGGGGAAUGAUGUUGUUUUAGCUCUAAAGGCAGUGAAAGGCAGCACCGAAGCAUUGUCACUCCCAGUUGGAUCUCCAUCAUCACAGCAGUCAGCUGAAAUUCUUGCAAGGGCAUGUCUACACUUACCAGGGAUCGAUGCUGCUGCAAUCGAUGCACUGGGGUUUGAUUUAGCAGGUCUAGUGAAUACCCGCUAAAUCGACCACAGAUCACUCUCCUGUCAACUCCGGUACUCCAUCGGAAGGAGAAGCAAGAACUCAACAAUAGCAGAGUGCACACAUAACAAGCAAAAGAAGUUGUCAGACUUAAGGCUGUACCACUUCCUGUACAAGACUAGUUCCUGAAACUGAAAGGCUGUGACUUCCACUGGCAAAGAGCACAAGGAGAAUAAGAACACUGGCACCUAAGGACUUGUUUAAACACUGGAACUGAAAAAGCAACACUCUGCUGUGCAGAUCAGAGUGGAAGGUUUUUCUAACAAAUCUCCCAAGGACCCAGCUACUGAAAUGCCUUGAAAGUCCUAAAAAUCAACACAGAUUGCUACCGAAGGUUGAUACAAGAGUACGGAAAUAGAAGUUACCGUGUCGUUUGCUGUGAAGGCCUAGUCCCGCACUAGGAGGAGUCCAGCCGCAGUCACUGUGUGAACUGGCCUGGAACGCUGUAGCUGAUUGCGUGGGGCUGCUUUUGCCACUGAUUGCCUGCUUCAUGCGUGCUCUCUAAGAAAUACCAGCUAGAAGACUAACAGCCCUUCUGAGCACAUUUUAUCAGCUCAUUUAUAGGGGUGCCUGAGCAGGAGAACAGUAGAGAGGAUCAUCUUUGUUUACUGUCAUCUCAUCUGUCUUGUGAGUUUUCCAGUGAAGACUCAGAAGGUAAAGAGUUUCGAAUUGUCUUGGAAGUUAAAGGCAGCUGACUACUGGACACUCAUCCAUUGCAAACAGUUGUUUUUCUGGCUCCUCCUCCAUUUUGAUAGUUCCACUCAGAUCUAGAAGGCGAGGGAAACCUCUUACAUGCUUGUUCCUCACUCAGAAAGGUCUGCUUCUCCAGUGCAGCUAGGAUACCAGUGGAAAGCAACCCAGGAGGAAAAAAAAAAGAUUUCUCUUCAUGAAACAAAGUAUGCUGGUAAAGAUAUGGGAGCAUGGUGCAUCCAGUUCCAUGAUGUUGGUCUAAUAUCCUCCAAUGUGCUGCUGGAUCUAGAUUUAGGAAUAUAGGAGUUGUUGUACCAGAUCAAAUCAGUGGUCACCUAGUGCAGAAUCCUGUAUCAGAUCUUAAGAGGAAGAUGCAAGAAAUUCUGUAGUGGAAAGUGUAUGGAAUAAAUUGUUCAUAGGGGAAUCUUCUGUCUAAUAUCCAUGUGUUAAUGGCUGACUUAUGUCCUGAAGUGCGAGGGUUUAUAUCUCUUUUAUCUCAUCUGAUGUAACUGUGGAUAUUCUCAUUAUCAUAUAAAUGUUCAAUCCCUUUUUUGAAUCCUAGGUUACUGGCCUAGUGGACAGGGGAGUCUUGGUCUCAGUGAUAUCUUAUCACAGAAUCAUAGAAAUGUAAGAGUGGAAGGGACCUUGAGAAGUCAUCUCCAGCCCCUUGCACCGAGGCAGGACCAAGUGAACUUAGACCAUCCCUGACAGGUGCUUGUACAACCUGUUCUUCAAACCCUCCAAUGACGGGGAUUCCAAACCUCCCUUGGUAACCUACUCCGAUAUUUAACUAUCCUCAUAGUUAGAAAGCUUUUCCUAAUAGCUAACCUAAAUCUGCCUUGCUGCAGAUUAAGCCCAUUACUUCCUGUCCUACCUUCAGUGGACAUGGAGAACAAUUGAUCACAGUUGUCUCUAUAGCAGCCCUUACCAUAUUUAAAGACUGUUACCAAUCUUCUUUUCUCAAGACUAACCAUACCCAGUUUUCCUGGCCUUUCCUCAUAGGUCAGGUUUUCUAAAUCUCUUAUGAUUUUUGUUGCUGUCCUUUGGACACUCUCCAGUUUGUACACAUCUUUCCUAAAGUGUGGCACCCAGAAUUGAAUACACUACUCCAGCUGAGGCCUCACCAGUGCUAAGCAGAGCAGGACAGUUACCUCCCAUGUCUUACAUACAACAUUCUUGAUAAUACACCCCAGAAUAUUUAGCGUUUUUUGCAACUGCAUCACAUUUUUGUGAUUCCCUAUAACCCCCAGAUGCUUUUCAACAGCACCACUACCUACCCCGUUGUUCCCCAUUUUGUAGUUUUACAUUUGAUUUCCUUCCUAAGUUAAGUGCUUGGCUCUUAUCUUUAUUGAAUUUCAUCUUAUUGAAUUCAGAUCAAUUGUCUAAUUUGUCAUAGUCCUUUUUAAGUCUAAUCCUGUCUUCCGAAAUGCUUGCAACCCCUCCCAGUUUGGUCAUCUGUAAACUUUAUAAGCAUACUCUCCACUCCAUUAUCCAAGGCAUUAAUGAAAAUAUUGACUAGUAUCGGACCCAGGACUGACGCCUGCAGGACACCUCUAGAUCCUCCCUCUCAGUUUGACUGCAAACCAUUGAUAAUAACUCUCUGUAAGUAUGGUCUUUGAACUGGCUGGGCAUCCACCUUAUAGUAAAUUCAUGUAGAAUGCAUUUCCCUAGUUUGCUUAUGAGAACGUCAUGUGGAGACCAUGUCAAAAGCCUUACUAAAAUUGAGAUAUAUGACAUCUACUGCUUCUCUCCUGUCCACAAGGCCAGUAACCUUGUUCCAAAGAUUCCAAAGAUGAGUUCCAAAGAUUAUGAUUUUGAUAAAAACAUUUUCAUAAUACCAGAUUUAAACUUGAUGCCUUUCAAUUGCAUUGGAUAUCACCUUAUUUCUGAAUAACUAGAGAGGACAACACAUUUUACCUUCUUAUAAUAUUUUGCCAAACAGAAGAUUUGAUCACUCAUCCUUCCUCUAUUUGCUAUAGCCUAGCCAUGACUGCCACAUUUCUUUAAAUAGCCUUUUCUGAGAGCCUUUGUUGACUGGUUCUCCUGUUGUACACUAUUUUAUUGUCUAAUAGAUUGGAAAGACCUGACCUUCCUUGACAGAAGCCGUGCUGGUGUGACCCUAUAAUAUCAUGUUCAACUCUGUGUUUAAUAAUUUCUGCAGUGCCUUCCAUCCAAGAACCUAUAAGUGUGUCACAAACUUUAAUUAAUUAAGUCUCACAAAGAACUUGUGAGGUAGGUCAGUAUCAUUUCCCCCUGCCCAAUUUUACAGAGUGGCAUGGGGAAACUGAAGUACAAUUAAGAUUUGCCCAACAUCACACAGUGAGUCAGUGCCAGAGCUGCAAUUGGAAUCCAGUCUCAUCUCCCUGUCCUGUGCUCUACUCAACAGACCACACUUAUCUCCUAAAUAGCUCAAAAUAGAUCUCUAAGACGAUGAAAACAAUUGUUUUGAAAUUGCAUGCUUGAUUAUUAUAUUUUAAUUUCUCCUAAGUAAGGAGAAAUUUUAGCAACACGGUUGGUUAGUGUUUUGGUUUUUGUUUGCUCAGUUCACGAGUCAUUUCUACUUACCAGUUUGCCACAUUUUGCUCAUAGUAACACUGACCGUCCCCAGAUAACUAUUCUCAAAGAGAUCUCUGCUGAAAAACAAGGCAUACACUUAAAACACAUUUUGGUCUCUUUAUUGACAACGUUUCAAUGCCCUUUUUCAUGCUCUGUGGCAGUUACACAUAAUAGCGCACAUAACUUUAGCAAAUAGAGCAUAACAAUGUUAUUGCCCCCUGGAGCCUAAAAGAUCUUGCUGCUGGCUAUGUUCUCCUCUCUAAAUGAAAAUGUUGCCUUCGGCACGUGAGAAUAAUUGCAUCUUUAAGAAGUAUCUGCUUGGAUGUGCAAUUCUGUAUUAUGUGUGGUGUCAUCUCUGAAUAAAACAGUGCACAAAGAGA